AUGUCAGUGGGCGCCUCCAUGAGAGAUACCGCCUCUGCACAGCCUUCUCUAUGGGAAAAGCAAGUGGCCUUGAAAGAGGGUAAGAUAAAGCUUCACACAUGGGCUCAGCACAAGAGGAACUUCAAGCGGGGGCCAGUGCCAGGAUCUACGUGUGUCAGGUUAGGAGUUGUGGUGCUGUUGGUGGUUUUUCUGCCAUGUAUGUAUUGUGACCUGGGAUCAGUAUAUUAUACUUUCCAUGAAAUAAUUAUUCCCAAGCGGCUGACUGUCCAGGAAAGGGAUGACCAAGUGAAAAAUAUAUCCUACAUGAUAUUUAUACAGGGCCAGAAACAGCUGAUCCACCUGAAGGUGGAGAGAGACUAUUUUAUCAAUAACUUUCCAGUCUUCAGCUACCACGAUGGCAUCCUGGGACAAGAAAUACCCUUAAUCUCACAUGACUGUCACUAUGAAGGCUACAUAGAAGGAGUCCCGGGUUCUUUUGUUUCUGUCAACACCUGUUCAGGCCUCAGGGGCAUCCUGAUCAAGGACGGAAUCUCCUACGGCAUCAAACCCAUAGACUCUUCAGAACGGUUUGAACAUGUGUUGUACACCAUGGCACAUCAAGCUCAAGUCUCCUGCAAUGUCACUUCCAAAGACAGCCAAGUGGUGUCCACCAGCCAGCAACAAGGGAGCAGGAAGCCUCGCGGCCUACAGGUGCUGUCCUACUUGCAGUCACACACCAAGUACGUGGAGAUGUUUGUCGUGGUCAACAAGCAGCGAUUCCAAAUGUGGGGCAGUAACGUCAAUGAGACGGUCCACGGAGUAAUGGACAUCAUUGCCCUGGCCAACAGCUUCACUAGGGAAAUCAACACAGAGGUGGUGCUGGCUGGAAUGGAGAUUUGGACCGAGGGGGACCUCAUAGAAGUCCCAGGGGACCUGCAAGUUACACUCAGGAAUUUCAAUAGCUGGAGACAAGAGAAGCUCCUCCAUCGUGUGAAGCAUGAUGUUGCCCACAUGAUUGUUGGACAGCAUCCUGAACGGGGUAUGGGGCAGGCAUUUCUCAAUGGUGCCUGUUCAAGUGGUUUUGCAGCAGCUGUCGAAUCCUUCCAUCAUGAAGAUGUCCUCCUGUUUGCAGCGCUCAUGGUCCACGAGCUUGGCCACAACUUGGGUAUUCCGCACGACCACUCGGCCUGUAUUUGUAAAGGUAAACACCUCUGCCUCAUGUAUGAAAACAUCACUAAAGAAAGUGGCUUCAGCAACUGCAGCUCUGACUACUACUACCAGUUCCUCCAGGAGCACAGAGGGGCCUGCCUGUUUAACAACCCUCAGCACAUAGGCCGCUUGCGUAGAGAUUCCUACUGUGGAAAUGGUGUGGUGGAGGGCGAGGAGCAGUGUGACUGUGGUUCUGCCUGUUACGGCAACCCGUGCUGUGACCAAACAUGUAGCCUGAAGGAGAAUGCAGUAUGUAGUGAUGGACUCUGCUGUUUGGGUUGCCAGCUGAGAAAUAAGGGAUUUAUGUGCCGUUCUCCUUUGGGAGAAUGUGACCUCCCAGAGUAUUGUGAUGGUACCUCUGGAGAGUGCCCUGCAGACAGCUAUAAGCAAGAUGGUACGUCGUGCGAUAGAAUUCACUAUUGUGUUGGGGGUCGGUGUCGGAACCCUGAUAAUCAAUGCAUGGAUAUAUAUGGGUACACUGCACGGUCUGGCCCAGAAAACUGUUACAUUUCAAUAAACAGCAAAGGGGACCGGUUUGGACACUGUGGCUAUCCCUCCUCAGCAAUGUCAAGAUAUGUUAAGUGCUUUGAUGAUAAUAUAUUUUGUGGGAAAAUCAUAUGUACGAAUAUUAGACGGGUACCAUCCAUCAAACCCCAUCACACACUGAUCCAGAUUCCUUAUGAAGGUGACUUCUGCUGGAGCAUAGGUGUCUAUAACACUACCGACACCCCUGAUGACGGGGAUGUGCGCUCUGGCACUCCUUGUGCCCCAAACAAAGUCUGCAUGAAUUACUCCUGCCUUGAUUAUGCUGUGCUCAACUAUGACUGCAAACCAACAGAAAUGUGUCAUGGGAGAGGAGUUUGUAACAAUUUAAGGCACUGCCAUUGUGAGGCUGGCUAUGCACCCCCUGAUUGCAGAACUCCAGGAAAUGGGGGUAGUGUGGACAGUGGUCCCCCUGGCAAACCAAUUGAUGAAUCUCUAAGUACAGAUGAAAUUGGCCAGCCUGUUAUACGUAAGAGUGACUUUCCAAAUCUUGGCGUUAUAUUGUUAAUACUCCCUUCAUUUCUUUUAAUACUAUUGCUAUUAUUAAUAUUUUGCAUUAGUCUUAAUGCUGGAAUUGAGUCAGUGGAGACCCCAGGGGCCUCCACAUCAUUGAGUUCAGAGGAAACCACGGAAGUAGGGGUGAGGGGGUCACAAGUGGAAGAAGGGGAGAUCAUAGAGGGAUUAGAGGCCCCCCCACUAGAGGGACUUAUCCCACCAGAGGAUGUCAUCAUACCAGACUGGGCCUUCCCACCAGAGGAGGCCAUCAUACCAGAGUGGGCCAUGCCAACAGAGGGCCCACCAGCGGAGGAGGGCCCACCAGGGGAGCCGGCCCCACCAGGGGAACCAGCCCCACCACCGGAGGCGGCCCCACCACCGGAGGCGGCCCCACCACCAGAACCAGCCCCACCACCAGAACCAGCCCCACCACCAGAGCCUGCACCAUAA